UCGUGCCACCCCUAUGCUCGUCAGUUCAAGAGAAAAAUUCAAACCGAGCAGUCGCAACCGGAACCACGAGUCUCGCGCUGUAGCGUAAAAACCGUUUGCCUAAACGCCGUGUGCCUGCUGUUGCGUAUACGCUGUGCCGGGUACUACACACCUCGCGUAACCUCUGUGUUGUUGACGUACGUACACUUCGAUCACAGAGCGGUACCCCGGUACGAUCCGGCCGAUUAGUGGUUUGUGUAACAUUCGGUGGAGGGGUUUUCCCUCUUGUCCAAUAAAUCUAUUGCGGUGGAUGCGCUCCCCCCCCCCCUCUCCUUGAUGUGCCCGAUAUUGAGUGUAUGGCAUUGUUGUGAAACGUGUGCAUCGGCAAAACAUAUGUGAGAUGUGAGCGAGUGUUCACCGUUCUGUGUGGAUGAAAAUAGUAGUCAAAGAAACGAAAGAUAGUGGAAAAUUUGUAAACAGUGCACCAACGCCAAAAGGGAAUGUGAUAGUCUGUGUUGAUCUACACAAAAUAAGCAUAAUUCAUUCGAUUGCUAAAACCGAUUGCUGCGUUCGAAUAUGCUUGCGUGUUCCGUGUUGACUACGCGAGCUUUGAAUAAAUAACGUACGUGUCUACGCGGUACAGUACCAAACACCAUCGCUUACGGCUUGCUUCAUUCCGGUUGAAGGUUUGUGUUUAAAAGGGCUUAUGUACACAAAAUUAUAAAAAUUCGUUCGGAAAGCUUCACGGUCAAUUCCGAUUCGCCCCGCUAGUGUGUUUGACAAUAUUCUAUACACUCUCUCAUACAAACACAAACACACACACACACGCGCACGGUAACCGCAGCAAGCCAUGAGAACACGCCAGCCCGUUCUAGUAGUUCGUACACGUGAGUCUCGCUAGUGAUUGGUGUAGUGGUCGUGUUGGCGCGCAAAAAAAACCUCAUACAGUGCUGCUUCCCUUCCACCCUGCUUCCCUUCCACCCAUCAAGGGAGUCAUCAAGGUGCAGUGAAACACUAUCAUUGCGGUGUUAGAAUCGCAAACCGGCUACGCAAUACCACCUGUUCCGUGGCACGUUGCGCCUGGCUACUGCUUCCUUCUCCCCUUGCGCAGCCGAACACGCCGUGGAGAACACACGCAUUGCAUAAACGACCGGUGCGGGUACGCAAAAGAAAAAAAAAAGGAGCUGCACCGUAAGCAGCGACUCACGAUGGAUUUGCACAGACAUUAGUGUGGAUUAUAUUUUGGCCGAUUUCGCUCCGGGGGCUGGUUUUGAAGCGGCAGAACGCAAACACAGCACAGCACUAGGAGCUGAGUGCUACAAUGAGAUAAACAAACCACUGGCCGCAGCACUGGUCGCGGGUGUGUGUGUUAAUCUGGUUCUGAAUCACUCCUCCCUUCCCAGAUUUGGGAAAAGUAAAUAAAAAAAGAGCCCGUAACAAAACGAGGAGCGGUCAAACGGACUUCAAGCCAGCUUAGAGGCUUCCGUUAAGUCCGGAGCAAAGUUCGUUGUUUGUAUUUCGUUUCGCAAAAUUCCCCUAACAUAAAACACACACGCAAAAUGUCUGACAUUUGCGAUUUUGAGUGGUCAAACAAUCGGUACCGGCACAAUCUCACCAUCUCGGAGCUAAAGCUCGGCUUCAACCGGAACGAACCGACCGACCGAAGCCGCGCCCUGAUCGCCCUCAAAGAGCUGAUCGGAGCGAGCCGCGAUUACGCACUCAAGGACAAAUCCUGCUUCCAGGACGACGAGUUCCUGUUCCGCUUCCUGUACGCGCGCAAAUUCAACGUGAACGAAGCGUUCCAGCUAAUCAUCAACUACCACGCCUACCGGCAGCGCAACGCCGCCAUCCUGCAGCGGCUCUCGGUGCUGGACGAAACGAUACAGAUCGCGCUGCGGGACGGGUUCCCGGGCGUGCUGCCGAACCGGGACCGGCGGGGCCGCAAGGUGCUGGUGUUCUUUACCGCCAACUGGGACUACGCGUCCUACUCCCUAGUCACCGUGUACCGGGCGAUGCUGCUCACGGUCGAGAAGCUGCUCGAGGACAAGCAGAACCAGGCGAACGGGUUCAUCGCGAUCGUCGACUGGACCAACUUUACCUUCCGCCAGUCGUCCAACCUCAACCCGAAGGUGUUGAAGCUGAUGAUCGAGGGCCUGCAGGACUGCUUCCCGGUACGGUUCAAGGCGAUCCACUUCAUCGGCCAACCGUGGUACGUCGAGGCCGCCCUAGCCGUCAUCCGACCCUUCCUGAAGGAGAAGACGCGCGAUCGGAUAAAGCUGCACGGCAGCAACCUGUCCACGCUGCACGACUGCGUCGCCCGGGACAUCCUGCCGACGGAGCUGGGGGGCGAGGGACCAACGUUUAAUCCACUCAACUGGUACCACGAGCUGCUCGAAUCGAGCCAAACCGUCACCAAGCCGGCCCCGUCGUACUGUCUCAGCCAGACGCAGAUCUACACCAAAACGCCCGCCCAGUUUGUGCCGGUGGUUGGCAAGGGCAAGGGUGCGGAUCUAUCGCCCGCCCCGUCUCGCUCACCGUCGCCACCGUCCUCGCUUUCGGCCUCGAAUGGGGCCGAGUUCCUGAAGGCUGCCACCAAGGCGGCCGCCGUCAAGAUCGGUGUGCUGACGGCGAAAGCGAACGAUCCGGCCACCAACACGCUGCUGGGCGUGACGGCCGGUGCCGGCGGCUGUGAGUUGUGACACCGCAUCGAGAGGAUGAUGAUGCUGAGCUCGAGCCAACAGCAGCGGCGGCAGCAGCAACAGCCCACUAAAGACUGGAUCGUUACGGUGGCCAACGGUGGUCCGCACUGCGCUAUGAUGAUCUCAUACCGGGUACAGAAGCGUUCGUGGUGGUGAAGGAUCUGGUGAGAAAUAGUCUGGCAGGUGUCUAAGAAACGGAGGGGCCUUAUACUACUAGAACUGAUGAGGUUUUUAAGGCAUGGAAGCAGUGUGUUCAUCCAAGCAAGCUGAUCUUUCCUCAUUGCGGCAUGGAAGAAGGGGAAAGUUGUUUAGAAUUCCGGCAGAUGGCGCUUGGUUGUUGAGUGUCAAGACAUAACUCUCUUUCUCUCUUUCACUCUUUUCUAUCGCUCUCUUUCCUUCAAAACAAAGUGUGCCUGAUCGUGGAGUAUUGAAGGCCUUUCAAGGCGAUUCUUCUGGUGAGGCGACUCUUCACGAAUUUAAUUGACUGGAAUUUCAUACUCCAAUCCAAAAUCUAUGUAAUACAGAGGUCAAGUCAUCCAGAAUAUUUGAUCAAAAAGCGUGGGAAAGUUUUGACAGCUGGAUGAAAAAGCUUCACCGCGAGGCUACAUGAGGUGAAAUAUACAGCGAAAUGAACUAUUUGACUGGCGAAACAACGUUUGUUCAUAAUUUUGUUACAAAAGUUGAUGGAUAUACAAAAAAAGAUAGAAUUAUAUUGCAAUUAUCGAUUGUAACAAGAUCAGUGCCUAAUUAGGACGAAAUCAUGUGCAGCUCAAGAGGACAAAAGCUAAGAGGCUAGAUUCCUGAUUGUGGUCGUUUUUAAGUGAUGAAUCACUGAAAAAACCACGUACCUGAGAAGGCAAUGUAUAGUUACACUAGGUUUUGUGCAGAAAAUGCACAAUUGGCCUUAAAAAGAGUUUGGUUGUGUGUAAUCGUUUGUGAACCCUUUUUCAUCUAACUGUCAAAAACAAGCUUUGAAAAUGAUGGAUCAAAAUCAAGAUAUGCAUCGACCUCUGUAUCAUAUAGACUUUGCUCCAAUCGUGCAUGUAUCUACGCCUACUUGUUGACAUCUACAUAGCCUAAUAUGUUCGGGUUUUUGCAUAUUAAAAUAAGGCCUAAACAGAAAGGCUCAUUCUUGCACGUAACUCCAACACCGACCUGAAGACGUGAACGGCGCUUUAAAUUGUCACUAUUAGCUAAACCCUUGAUAUUGUUUCACUUCCCGCAAGCCCAUUGUCUGCUGGAUGCGUCUGGUUGUCCAGUGCGUGAGUCAUCCACCACCAACACUACACCAAACGAUACGACCUUCUGCGCUUCACCUGUCCGCCGUUUUGCAGGUUCGCUCAAGAAGGCGUCUACGUCUUAAGCUGCACACCCGAAGCCCGCGAUGGUCAAGGUUAGUCCAUUGCCACUGGGCUGGGCACAAAUCUGUGUCCCGCAUUUCGAACUCACCGGCAAAACCCGGUUGGCCUUCUAGGGUAAGCCGUGUGUCCGUACCCCCUUAUUUAGAUGGCGUGUCUUUAACACGCCAUGUCCAGCCGAGGGAGGACAAUUUCCGCUUUGGUGUGUGUGUGUGUUAUUUUGUUUCUCCUCCCUGUCUCGGGCGCACAGUAAUGCGGUCAGUAAUGUGAUACAUGUGCAGACUGUGUACUGGUCGGUCGUGUAGUGUGCGUUUGCGCCGUUUUGUUUAGGGGAGAAAGGCUUCGGCGCUCGGGCUGGGGACAUUGCAGCUGUAGUGCACAGGGGACGCUGGGAGUUGGCCAUGCGUGACUUACUUACGUGUUCGGAAGGGGCACAAAUUGAACCGUGGGGGGAAGUGUAAUGAGGCCGAACAGUGAAAUGAAGACUUUAAUUAAGGCAAGCGAAAGGGGAAGAGGAAAUUGUGCCUGCCUUUAACGGUCGGCAGCAGUCACUCUCCCUUACUUCCUUGAGUAAAAGACAAAUUUCUAGAAUUUGCACACACACAAACACUCUCUCUCGGGGUGUUAUUAAUAUGUUUCAUCCAACUCUCAGCGCAGAACGGUACACGUGAAGCCACACCAUAUGGCCUUGUGAGACCAAUAGUUCCCAACAGCACUGCGCGAGCCGGCCGGGUGCUUCACUAAACUGCACCACUGCACCAAACGCUGGCGACGUUUACGGUGGGGUGGCAUGCAUAUUUUAAUGCUCACCACCCCAUUUUACCACCCCAACCCACGUGCCCAAUCGCGGUCAUUUUGCGUGCAUUCAUUCGAUACAGGUUCUGCGCGCCCGCGUUCUUGGCGGCUUGCGUAUAUGAUGGCGCCAUACGCAAUGGCACCACGGUCGGUCGGGUUACGGGUAAACGGUUUUUUUCCUGCUUAAUAAUGAAACAGAGGGAGAGGGAAGCCAACAUGAGCGAGUAAAGGUGAAGUUUUGUAGGUGAACUCCUUUGCUCCCUGCUUACGACGCAGGGAACGCCGCAACGAUAUAAAAAGGGACGCAUUUAACGCUGCUGACUCCUCCAGAGGGUACAGAUAAAAAGGUACACCUUUGCGAGAUGCCUUCCUUCUUGAACAGAAUGCACUUAAUUGCAGUUACCGCACGGCAUAAUUAUCCUCCGAUUUCGCUGCCCUUUCGUCCAUCUUUCCUGGGUUGGGACACUUUUAUACGCCUUUUAACGGCGCGUCGAAGGCGAUCGAAGCAGUUGCAAGAGAGUAAGUGACGAUAAGCUAAACUACCGAGGCCAGACCAAUUACAGCUACAUUGUAGAGCGUUGAAUGCUGGAUGGCGUGGUGAAAACGGCAAAAAAGAACGCACCGUUGUAUGGGUAAAAUCUUUCACAAUUUUUCCCCUUCAAUAUCUAAUUUACAUUAAAAUAUGAGCAACAACUUCUUGUAGUAACUUCCCUUACCGCCGAGGAUAUAACACGCAUUAUAGGAACAGCUUACACACUGCGUUCCAUUCAGCCUCCAUACUUCAUUUCCACCACAAGUCCACAAGGGAGGGGGAGGGGGGGGGCGGUUGCCUGUGUAUUUAAAAUGCACUCGAUUUUCACCCGACCCACGUGUCAACCAGGUUUGCAACCGAACAGGUUAGUCGCCGUCCAUUGAACUGCUCGAGAUCAUCGCCCACGGGCACAGACACUAAACAGACAGACUCGAAUUAAGAGACUCGCUUGACCCGCAAAUCGGCGGAGGUUUUUGAACGCACAAGGACACACCGAAAGCUAAUAAUUAAUAUGCAAAAUUAAAGAAAAAACACGCUUUCCCUUUUUUUUUUGUUUUGGUAAUCAUCGAGUGUGAUGCAAUAGCAAAGGGAGAAAAAUAGCAUAAAAUUAAAAAUAAACAAAAAAGAAGGAAAACAUGGUGGCCUUAUCAGUGAAGGGCAAUAAAGAGAUAGAGAGCUUAUGAUCUUAGAAGAUUAAACACAGCAAAACUCUAACGCAUUCGUAAGUGAAGUGAAAGAUUUCGAAUAAAUUAGGGUAAGAAAAAGGCACUAGAUAGGUAGCUAGGCGUGUAAUUGCAUUGUUUGUAAUGAUAUUCAUUCAGUCCGUCCGUUGAAGUGCACAGCUUUAUGCUUUCUGUUCCCCUCUUCUUACGGUCAUCGGAAUUGUAAGCGACUUAGCUUUACUACUAAGCACACACACCAUUUCUUCAUCUUCAUCCACAUCUUGCAUUACAAGUUCACAACUUUAUCCCAUAUUAUUCCUCUUCUGUCCUUUUUGGUGUAAAGUCCUAGAUGGAGGAUGCACGUUACGGUUUGUUCCAUAGUGUAAGUCCUUAGCCAGUAAGGAGUAGCAUUUUGGACAUGGUGGAGAAAAAAGAACGAAGAAAACGCUUCAAUUCAGAGAGCAUCACUGCAUCGAUCGUUUGUCGAAAAGUGCAUUUGUAAAGUAGGGAAAGAAAAGAAGAAGAAAAAAAAUAAGGUUAAAAUAUAAUUACUGCGAAAGCUU